GGGAGGUGUGUGUGUGGGGGGGGGGGGUGAGGAGGAGGAGGAGGAGGAGUGGUUAGAAGAGAGGGAGGAAGGUCGAGCGUCACACGAGCCUCCGUCAGAAGUGUUGGGAGUUCUUUGGAGCAACAGAUAGGCGGACAGAAGAAGAAGAACCUGCUCUUCUCUCUUCAUCCCUCCAUCUCUACAACGCGAUGCUCACCUCCCAACUCCUCCCACCAGACACGGGGAUCCCCCAACUUUGAGGCUUUUCCCUCUUCCCCAUCAUCACCCCUCCUCCUCCUCCUCCUCCUCCUCCUCCUCCUCUUCUUCUUGCGCACGCUGCGUUUGUUCUGCUCUGGGAUCCUGAGCGGCUCCGCAGGCUGGAGGAAGCGGACGGACUGCGGAGAUGCGGGGACUGAUCCCCCUGUCAGCCUCCUCCUCCUCCUCCUCCUCCCGCCUCCACCUCCGAGGACACACAGGUUGAAUGGUGUUUUUCUCGCGACUGCGGACAGGACAACCAUAGGAAGGCGCGUGCAUGUGCCCGGGCGGCGCGCCCAUGGACCUGUGCGCUCCGAGCGUGAGCGCCGCGCUCCCCACGGACACGCGGCUCCAAACCUCCGCAACUAUGUGACGCGUUCGUCUCCUGAAGUCAAAGUGGUCAAGAGGCGAAAAGAGACGGUGCUUGUCGGUGUGUGACCUUCCUCCUCCUCCUCCUCCUCCUCCUCCUCCAGGAUGGGUCCUGUUUGGCUUCUCCUGCUGCUCCCAUCCCUCCUCAGAGGCCAGGUGACCCCAGCAGACAACAGCACUGACUCUUUGACAAACAUCACCAGAACCUCAGACGUCUCCACCAGCCCCCCCGGCGCCUCCGGACCCCCAGAUCCGUCUGGGUUUGCAGCCACACCUUCAGAAGCUCCCACAGAGGGGGAGGACGACUGGUCGCCGGCGGAGACCUUCUUGUUCACCGGAGACCCCUACGCUCUGGAAGUGGCCCGCUGCUCUCGGGCGUACAGCUCACCAGGGCAGACCGGGUCCCUGCCCGUCAGCUUCGGCGCCCCCCUCCGUCCAGCACUGGACGCGCUAGCCAGCACUGCCAACUUCCUCAACAUGAUCUUCCAGGCCAGUGACCUGCGGGAGAGCACGGUGCAGGAGGACAUGGAGUGGUACCACGCCCUGGUCCGGGCCCUGCUGGAGGCCGACGUGCUCAUCCAGCAGGCCCUGCUCACCUUCGACGCUGACCCCACCGCCCUGGUGCCGCAGCUGGUGCUCCGCGCCACCCGCAGCCCGACAGCCAAGGUGCAGACCAUCGUUCUUCAGGACUUGUCCAAGGCCUGGGGGAGCCUGCACCCGCCCGCCCCAGCCCCCGACGACAUUUGGUUCAGAAGCUUUAAGUUUGGCAAGCCAAUGGCAGCCCUGUCCAAGCGGGUGCUCCUCAACGACCUCAGCACCUUGGACACGCCCAAGUGGGGGCAGGGCGACAGCUACGUGACCAACCGCAGCGGGGUACGCUGGGACAGCGCCCCCUUUCUGAACUGUGAAGACGGACGCUUCGUGCCGGGCUGGAUGCUCACGCUGUCCACGUCUUUCUACGGUCUCAAGCCCGACCUGACACCUGAGUUCAGAGGUGUGAUCCGCGUCGACGUCAACAUUCAGAACAUCGACCUGGACCAGUGUGCGACGGGAGACAGCUGGUUCGCCGAUACACACCAGUGCAACCGCACCACCAUGGAGUGCGUGCCAGUUCCAGGCGGCGGCUUCCGACUGGGUCAGUACUGCUGCCGCUGUAGAGAGGGUUACUACAACCCGGAGAUCGCCCCUCAGGACUCAGACGGCGGCCCUGUGAACGCGAGUGACGGUGGCGGUACGUGUUACCCGGACAUGCCCAUCUGUCUCCCCUGCUGGCCGGGCUGCAGGAGCUGCCAGGACGGCGCCCCCUGCUGGGUGCAGGAGGACUGGCUCCUCAGGGCCGCCGUGCUGGCCAUCCAGGGGCUCUUCAUGCUCCUCAUCUUCGUCAGCAUGCUGGCGGCCUACAGGCAUCGUCGCAACAGGAGGAUCCGGGCGUCCGGCCUCCUGCUCCUGGAGAUGAUAUUGUUCGGCUCGCUGCUCCUCUACUUCCCGGUUUUCAUCCUGUACUUCAAGCCGAGCACCUUCAGGUGCAUCCUGCUCCGCUGGGUCCGGAUGCUCGGCUUCUCCAUCGUCUACGGCACCGUCACACUGAAGAUGUACAGGGUGUUGAAGGUGUUCCUCUCGCGCACGGCCCAGAGGGUUCCCUACAUGUCCAGCCUCCACUUGCUCAGGAUCCUGGGAGUGAUGCUGAUGACGGUCAGCUGGUUCCUGUGCGCCUGGACGGUGGGCGUCCUCCAGAACCGCGACCGCAACAUCCCGGUGUUCGUCACGACCAACACGACAGACGGACAGGGCUUCAACCUGUGCUACCUGGACCGCUGGGACUACAUGAUGGCUGUGGCCGAGCUUCUGUUCCUGUGCUGGGGAAGCUCCCUGUGGACCGCCGUCAGGCCGGUGCCCUCGGCCUUCCACGAGCCUCGCUACAUGGGCAUCGCCAUCCACAACGAGCUGCUCCUCUCCUCCAUGUUCCACCUGUUGCGGUUCACCUUUCCCUCUCUGCAUCCCGACUGGAUGCUGCUGCUCUCCUUCACGCACACCCACGUCACCAUCACCGUGACUCUCGCCCUGCUCUUCAUCCCCAAGUUUAUUCAUGUGUCCAAGCCUGGGAGACAGGAGAUUGCAGCAGAGGUGUAUGAAGACGAGGUGGACCUGAGGCGCUCCGGCUCAUACCUCAACAGCAGCUUUCACUCUGCUUGGAGUGAUCACAGUGUGGACCCGGAUGACUUUCGGGAUGAACUGAAGAAGUUAUAUGCCCAGUUAGAAGUCAACAAGACGAAGAAGAUGGCCGCAAACAACCCUCACCUGUCAAAGAAGCGCAGUUCGCGAUGUGCACUGGGGAGGUCCAUUAUUAAACGCAUUGCUGAGAUCCCAGAAUCCAUGAGCCGACAGUGCAGCCGUGAGGAGAAAGAUGGAUCCUUCCACAGUAGAAGUGUGAAUCGGUCUGACUCUUUUAGGAGGGCCCCAGAUACCGUCAGUAUCAGUUACAAAAGUUCAAUGAAAACACCAUCACCAUCUAUGCGCAAGUCCCAGAGUGAUCAUCACUAUGUCAGGGAAAGAGACUCUUCCUUGCGUGACUCCAUGUUAAAGGCCAACGCUUUGAAGAGAUCCUCCCAGCGAUCUGAGACAGACUCCUUAGAUAUUCCGGCAGGGGUCGGUAAAUCAGCCAGUGCCCAGAAUCUGACAAUUGAUACCAAUCUCCUGCAUCCCGAUCACACUAGACUUCAUAAGUCCUGGAGCCUAACCUCCACUACCACCCAUUCUAUGGAAAAUAUACCUAAGGUUAACAGAGCCAGCACAGUGCUGUCUAGGUCCCGGCAGAGCAUAUCCAUCAGUGACCAGACCAGGAGUGCUCUUCAGUCAGAGUCGUUUGACAAGGCUGAGGUCUGUCCUUGGGAGGUCGAGCAAGAACCAUCAGGCGACAAGAACCAGAAGCAUGUCACCUAUGCAAACUCUGAGGACGGUGAGGAAAAAAGGCCAGCAUCUCCACAGAUGCUUAUCUGUCCCUGGGACCAUUUACCACCUGUACAAAAGACUCCUUCUGAGGACAAAGGACUAACAGGUGAAACUGAGUCGCCCAAACCACAAGCUCCUGUGUCUGCAAGUGCACCUGGCACUCCAAGACCAAUGAUAACAAAAGAUCAGCGUGUCUUCUCCUUCCGCACCACCACCACCAGUAAGUGGCUCUCUGUGAAAUCAAUUAUGGGAUCCAUGGAUGCAGGAAGCAAAUCCAGCAGGGAUGGACAUUUGAAUAAAGAGGAUUCUAUCUCACAAAAAAGUCAGGAAAGUGCUUCUACAAGAUCAGGCACAUCUAGUAGGCAUCCAAGCUUUGAAAAAAGGUCACUGCCAAAAAGAAGUAUGACAGCAGCAGACGGAAAACCAUGCCUCGUAAAGCAGAAUGCAAUCAGACUGUCCUCUGGGGAUUCCUCAGACAGGAGCCCAAGAAGGCUUGUGGUCGUUAAAUCUGCUGUCUACCCUUGGGACAUAGAUGAUAUGCAAAAAGACGGCACCUAUGAAAAUGUGUUUUUGUCAAGGCAGAACAGCAAACGUAGUAGCAUAAGUUCAUGGGACACUGCUAGCAGCUCAAGAACUCCUUCAACUCACAGAAGAGGUAGUUAUAGAAUUACUUCAGUCCGUAAUGUUUCUCAUUCGGAUGUGUGUCCAUGGGAAGAAGCUGGUACUUUGCAGCAAGGAGAGGGACCAAAGAAGCAGCAGAGCAUUAAAGCAGAUGUCUGCCCUUGGGAUUCCCAGGUAUCCGAACGACCUAAUGUAUGUCCAUGGGAAUCGCAAGAGCAUGGGAAUGUGACAAGACAAGGAAGUGAGCGUGGUGAAGUGUGUCCUUGGGAUUCACCAAAUAUUCCUGUUAUUUCCCUUGCUACUCAGUCCAAGGAUUCACAGAAACAACAGUCUUUGAAACGAACAGCAGAUGUAUGUCCAUGGGAGACUGCUGAAACUCCCCAACCUUCAAUUAGACAAGAUAAUGAAUAUGCAAAUAUUUGUCCACGGGAUGUUAAGGUCAAGGCUGAAGUUGUAUAUGAAAAUCUAAAUCCUUUGGAGACCAAGGGAACGUUGGCAGUGCCCCUUCGACAAGAGGUUAUGAAACCUGCCAUCUAUCCUGGUGCAUCAAAAGAAAUGGUAAAUAAUGAGCAACAAUUCCAUGCAAAAUCACCUGCCCAUGAUUGGGGUAAACAAGGGACCAAGAUAGCACAAAGUUGUCCUUGGGAUUUCCCUGAUCCUCCUACAAUUGUUGAAGUUAUUUGUCCAUGGGAAGAGGGAAGCACAGAGCUGAAAAAUACAGACUCAACUUCACAAAUGAUCAUCAAGGUUGACAUUUGUCCAUGGGAAACUGGAAAUGGAGACAAACCAGGAGAUUCAAUAGAGGGUGUCUCGCCUUUGAAAGCUGGCAUAGACACGUUGGGACAGACUGAAGACAAACAUACAAAUGUAUGCCCCUGGGAAACUGAGCCCUCUGGAAAACAUGCAACUACCAAGAUGGGGUCACAAGGACCAGAAAGAUCAGCAGAUGUUUGUCCAUGGCAAACUGGGCAACCAGGAUCAGGAAAGUCAGAAACCCCGAAAAUAUCUGACAGUCAUAUGAGACCAGACACAACUCUGACUAAUGUCUGUCCAUGGGAGACAGAAGAAGCAGAGGCAGUCAAAACAGAAGUAUCAAAAACAUCAGAGAAACUGCAAAGCCAGGAGAAUUCACGUGGAAGUGUCUGUCCAUGGGAAACAGAAGAACCUAAAGUUCUCCAAAAGCAAGAUAGCGAUCGGGGAGAUGUUUGUCCGUGGGAAACAGAAGAACCUAAAGUUCUCCAAAAGCAAGAUAGCGCUCGGGGAGAUGUUUGUCCGUGGGAAACAGAAGAACCUAAAGUUCUCCAAAAGCAAGAUAGCGCUCGGGGAGAUGUUUGUCCGUGGGAAACAGAAGAACCUAAAGUUCUCCAAAAGCAAGAUAGCGCUCGGGGAGAUGUUUGUCCUUGGGAAACAGAAGAACCUAAAGUUCUCCAAAAACAAGAUAGCGCUCGGGGAGAUGUUUGUCCGUGGGAAACAGAAGAACCUAAAGUUCUCCAAAAACAAGAUAGCGCUCGGGGAGAUGUUUGUCCGUGGGAAACAGAAGAACCUAAAGUUCUCCAAAAACAAGAUAGCGCUCGGGGAGAUGUUUGUCCGUGGGAAACAGAAGAACCUAAAGUUCUCCAAAAACAAGAUAGCGCUCGGGGAGAUGUUUGUCCGUGGGAAACAGAAGAACCUAAAGUUCUCCAAAAACAAGAUAGCGCUCGGGGAGAUGUUUGUCCGUGGGAAACAGAAGAACCAGAAAUUGUCCAAAAGCUAGACAGUGCUGCAGCUGACGCUUGUUUGAAAGAUCCACAAGCGUUAAGCAGAGUUGAUAUUCCCCACAGUGACAAAGAUGAAGUCACAGACAACCAGAGGCCACUAAUUGUAGAAGAUAUGGAGACUCUCGCUGACAACGGCACAGAACAGAUGGACGAGUCUAAAACAAACUUAGCCCUGGGACGGCGAGAUGCUUUGUUACCCUGGGAGAUGGCAAGGAGCAGAUCUGGCUCGUUCACAGACAAUGCCUCGGACGUUUUUACGUGGGAGCCCGAGAAUAUUCCAGAGGAAGACGAAGAGGACGACGACGCAGAAUGUGCUGCUGAGGCGCUUGUAUUCCCACCUGACUUGUGACCUAAAUCCAGCAUUUACUUUCACUUUCGACCACUGCCGAUAAAUCAAGGGGACUGUGAACUGUAUAGAACCACUCGGGUGGCAGCCUGUUGAUAGACAGCAGGAACUUUGUUUUUAAACUGGGAAGUCAGAGAACAGGGUCAGCUCAGGAACAGCUCCCCAUGCUGCUCGUAGAGCUGAAAGCCCUUUCUGAUGGACAAGUACUUGGGCUGUGUACUUUCAGGUUGCUUUCUUUCUACUGAAGCAGAUUUUGCAGAUUCAUUAUGUCCCUCACUGAUACUGCAAAAGCCUACACACAGACAUCUUUUUUGAAUGACGGAAGGUCAUCUAAGACUCUUCCUGCUUUUACCCCCUCCCACUAUAAGUUAAAAUGUUUGUGUCUUUGCAUGUUUUUUAGGUGACAAUUAACAUAUUUGCCAUGUGCUUACAGUACGUUGGACACACGGCUGGAGUGAAUAUAUCACAGAAUCUGAACAAGUUUACAGUGCUUGCAAAUGCAACUAUGAGACGAAUCUCUAAUCUUAACCAGCAUACUCGAGAUAAAUUCAGUCUAAUUUUGCCCUUUUGUGGAAACUAUAUUUUUAAAAUAGGAGAAAGUGUUUAGUGUCGAGCAGUGCUGCCAGGACUUUCUUUUCAAUCAAAUAUUAAUGAUUGAUUAAAACUAUGCAUACGAUUUUCUUACUAUAACAGGAAUAAUAACAUUCAACAACUCUCCUCAAACAAGAAUGCCAAAAACAGCGUGAACCAACAUAAACUCGAGACUUAUACCCUAAAACUUGAGCGAAUACUGCAUAUUUUUCUUUUAUAUCUGAGAAGUGUAGAAAACCAUGUGACUGCUUUUCAUGUGGAGGCAGUUUGCUGAAAACCAGAGGGGACAAUGAAUCAAAAAAUUAGCAACAGGCUGUGAAGAUUAUAUACUUUUUAUAUGUUCAAGGUAUUUGCAAAGAACAUUAAAUUAGUGGAUAUCUUAUAAUACAACUCUGAAGUUUGGUUUUGUUCCCUUCGAGUAGAGAAAUAGCUUGUUAAUGUUUUGGUCGACUACAGAGGUUUUCUUCGUUGAUACUGGUCAUCAUCUCUUCACGGCUAGAAAGAUAUUUCUGGUCUUUGUAAGAAAAAUUCUGGAAGAUUUCAUUCACAUGCAGAGACUUAUGAAAUAAUGAGGCACAUUGUUUGGGUUUUUUUAAACCAAAACUUGGAAUGGUGAAAAAUUUCUUAUGACUUACACAUAUCUUUAUUAUUCGCUAAUAAUUUAUUUGCAGUGGCGCAACAUUUAACUGUCGGACAUUAGUAAGAAGGAAUUUCUUUAUUUUUCUUUAUUUUAAGGCAGAUUAAAUGUAAAAAUAUCAGCUGUUUUGCUACGGAAGCACAUUGCUGCCGAGGUAGAAAAAUACAAACGGAUCAGUAUCACGUUAUAACGUGAAAAGUUUCCACGUUAUGCCUAACAUGAAGACUUUCACGAAAUAACGUGAUAUUGAUCCGUCUUUGCAAUGUGCUUCCGUAGGUUUCUGUAUUGAUGUAAGUCACAUGACAAUGCCAGCUAUUAUCCUGUGAACUCGUCAACUGUUUGAAACGGCGAGGCAGUGAUGCUGCUGCAGUGUCCUUCAGCCUUGUGCAGCUUCAGGUUUUUCAUUCAUCUCAUUUCUAAACACUGCGCCACUUUUUUUUUUUUUUUUUUCGUUCUCGUCGGUGGAGUGACCCAGUUUUGUGAGCGUUGUUGCAUGUUUGUGUGUUUUUGAAUGGGCGCGCUGUAAUUUGUCGUCAUGUUUGAAAGAAUAUGUAUAUUGUUGUUGUGACAAACCCCUUGUUAUGCAUCAUAAAACCAGCAGCUGUUUUAAAAAUUUCGUAUCCAUCUUCUAUGAAAGAUUACUCUGGGGAGAAAAAAAACUGGUGUGAAGAGAAGCAGAUGGGACACUUUAUUUUUGUAUUUCCUGAGGUCGACAUGCAGUCGACUACUCAUCAUACAAAUAAACCAUAGGAUUUCUGGA